CCAAAACAAUAUGUUUAAAGAGUCUGCAAAAUAUGUAAGCGAUAUAGCCGUAGCAGUCGAUAAUAAAACCGUUGAGGCUAACUUAGCUACACUGGGUGUUCGGCCAGUUCAACUAACGUGGAAAACUAAGUGCCCAGGAGAAUUUUGUGCCGGUAGCAUCGUCGUUGAGAAUGUGACUGUUCAUGGGUUGGACACACUGUACUCCUCCCACUCCGGCGGACCAUGCCAGUUGCAGUCGACGAGAAUAGCGGAGGCGCUGAGAUUUCACUCGCUGAUGGUCCGGGGAAGUGCAAAUUUUAAAAACGUUAUCACUGAAGGAAAUCACGAUUUUGUGACUGAAAUUCACGAUGUUGCAGUCAAUUUUGAAGUUAAUUUGGAAAAACCAGAAACUAAAUUCGAAUUUGUCAGCUGGAGAUCAUUGGAGAUCUCGAUACUUGAAUUGGAUCAACACAAGAGAACUGGAAGAGUCUUAAACGCAUUUAUACAUGGAUAUUUAGAGAACGAACUACCGAUUUUACUUAGUACUCAUUUAAGUAACAUUUAUAAGCAAUUGACAGUCGCCAAGCCGGAAAAUGUGCUACCUGCUACCAAUUGUGAUUGUGGAACUGAACGUCAAUAA